AAAAGUUAAUGAUGUCAAAUAUUUAGUGACGAAGCGAGUACUUCUACAAUUAUUCCAUGAUCAUGGGAACCAACAAGAGUUCAAUACGUACAACGAGAGAGGCGAUCGAGAGUGAGGUAGAGAGCAGGGGGCAAUUGACCUCGAUCUGGCAGGCAUGGAGGGCGUCCUGGUGAGCGCGGCGACCGGAGCGAUGAACUCCGUCCUCGCAAAGCUCGCGGCCUUCCUCGGCGACGAGUACAAGCACGCCAAGGGAGUCCGCGACGACCUCGCCUUCCUCCAGUCCGAGCUCACCACCAUGAACAAGGCGCUGCACGCGCUGGCAGAUGCGGAUCAGCUCGACGAGCUCAGCAAGGACUGGAGGGACAGGGUGCGGGAUCUCGCCUACGACAUCGAGGACUGCAUCGACCUCUCCGUCCACCGCCUCCAUGGCGCCGGCGAAAGCGGCCUCGCCGCCAAGAUGGCGCGCAUGGCCAAGAAGAUCGGAGCGUUCCGUCAGAUCGCGAGCCAGAUCCAGCAGCUCAAGGCCCGUGUCUUGGAGGUCAGCGAGCGGCGUAACAGGUACACUCUCCAUGGACUUGUACCAACCAGCUCGGAUGCUUCCUCCUCGACGACCAAGGUUGAUGCCCGGCUGUGCGCGCUCUGGACGGAGACGAAGCACCUCGUCGGCAUCGAUGGCCCCAGGGAUGACAUCAUCAGCCGCUUGGAGCAGGAGUCGUCGUCAGCGGCAGCGCAGCAUGAUGUCAGGAUGGUAUCCAUUGUUGGAUGUGCAGGCUUGGGCAAGACCACUCUCGCUAAACAAGUGUACGACAAAAUCAAGGCGGAAUUCGAGUACAAGGCCUUUGUUUCGGUGUCUCAGAGACCGAAUAUAAAGGAGCUUCUACUCAACAUUUCUACUCAAGUUGGCAAGUCAACAAACACUUGGGAUGAUGUAGCAAAUCUCGUGGAUAAUCUUAGGGAGCAUCUCAAACAAAAAAGGUAUAUUAUCGUAGUGGAUGAUAUAUGGAGCCCGGAACCAUGGAACUUCAUUGGAGAAGCAUUGGUCAAAACUAGUCAUGGUAGCAUAAUAAUUUUGACGACACGUGUGAAAGAAGUGGCAAUAUCAUCUUCAUCUUCUCAUGGUGGUUUUGUUUAUCAAAUGAAACAUCUUGAUGGCGCUCACUCCAAAAGGUUAUUUUACAAAAGAAUUUUUGACUGUGAAGAGAAAUGUCCUCCUAAAUUUGAGCUAGCUUCUGAAGAGAUACUGAAAAGGUGUGAUGGUAUACCUCUAGCAAUUAUUUCCAUAUCCAGCUUCUUGGCUGAUCAUGAAUCGUUAUAUCAUUGGAAUGAGGUGAAAAAAAUUAUCAGUUCUCCACUACCAGGAAAUGAGUAUCUCGAGACCAUGCAGUCAGUGUUAGCACUCAGUUAUUAUAAUCUUCCACAUGAUAUAAGAAGUUGCCUGUUAUACUUGAGUGCAUUUCCAGAAGAUUGUGAAAUUGCAAAGAGUAGUUUGGUAAGUAGAUGGAUUGCAGAAGGAUUUAUCAAUGCAAGGCCAGGAGAAAAUGUAUAUGAAGCAGGGUUGAGGUAUUUCAACGUGCUGAUAAACCGAAGCUUGAUCCAACCAUGGAAUGAGCACUACGGUGAAGUGCUGACCUGUCGAGUUCACGACGUCAUUCUUAAUUUCAUAGUGUCCAAAUCAGUAGAGGAGAACUUUUUGUUCUUAUUGGAUCCGUCUGGUCUCGUACCUCUGCAGCAUAGCAACUACUGCAAGGUUCGUCGCCUGUCUCUCCAGGGUAACUACUGCCAAGAGGAGUUUGCCUCAAGGAUGAUGCCGAUUAAGCUUCAUGUUAGAUCACUUAUUUGUUCCGUGGACUACACAGGAUUCCAUCCUCUAUCAGAAUUUAAAGUUGCAAGAGUACUGGAUCUAGACGGGUGCCAAUCAUUGACAAACAACCAUCUUGCUAAUAUUGAAAAGUUAGUCCAUUUGCAGUAUCUGAGAAUUAGGGGAAGAGUGACUGUGCUCCCUGCCAAUAUUGGACGUCUCCAGCAUUUGGAAACAUUAGAUAUAAGAGGUAGUGAAGUUAAAGAAUUACCACCAUCCAUUGUUCUACUUCAGCGGUUGGCUCGCCUUUCUGUCAGUCAAGAUGUGAAGUUCCCAGCAGAAGGUGUUAGCAAGAUGCAAGCAUUGGAGGAGCUCACAGGUCUCACGCUCUUCUGUCAACCAGGAAGCUUUUUGAAGGAGCUAGGUGAGCUUACCAAGCUGAGAGUACUAGUUGUAUAUUGGAAGGCUUACCAUGCUAGAGAUUCUGAUGAGGCCCAAGCCGAGCAUAAAAAGAGCUGCAAGAAGAUUUUCACCUCCUCACUUAAUGCACUGGACAGGCAUAGCCUCCAUUCUCUGGAUUUUGUUGUGUUUAUGGAACGCUUCUUGUUUGAUCCGUGGUUCCUUGCCCUACAAAACCUCAAGAGAUUCGGCGUCGAAAGCACGCCCCGGAUGAUAAACAUUCCAAGUUGGAUUCGCCUUGCUGCCAAGCUUGAGAAAUUAGAGCUCAGUAAAGCAUAUGUUACUCAGAACGAUUUCGAAAUGCUUGGAGACCUGAAAGCUCUCGAGUAUCUUGCCCUUCCUUGUUCAGACACACGAGGAUCAUGGCUCACCAUCAGCAACCAUGGUUUCCGAUGUCUCAAGUUUGCGUUUCUUUGCAACGUGUUGUUUAUGCCUGAUUCCAUGCCUAAUCUGAAGGACCUCCGAAUUGACAUAGUAUUGGAUGAGGUUGGUGAGAACGAUUCUGUCUUCGAGCACCUCCCCAGCACCCUCUGCAGAGUCAAUGUAGAUAUUAUUGGCAAUCCACCUUCAACUCCAAGAGAUGUGGCCUCAGAAUUGGAAGAAAAAAUCUUGAACGUAGCAAAGACACAUCCCAACCGUCCGACGCUCACGACCCGAACACUCGAUAGGGACAUUUUGGUGGAUUGAAGGGGAUUUAUUUCACACCUAUUGUGGUGUGGAAUUAUUCCUCUUUAAACCCUUUCAGACCCCUUCCAUACCGAACAAGGCCUAAGGGGGACUAGAGGUGGAGCAACGAAAAGCAGGAGCCUUAGUGAGCAGCAGAACAGGAUGAUGGCCUUUGCAUCAAUGGCUCAUCCCUUGGCUUGGUCCUGGAGUUGGCAUCGUCAGCAUUUAUAUGUUCCAUAUCUCUACCGUUUUUACUGAUCAGUUGCAUGAUUACUAUUUCCAAACCUGUUCACUUGUUUCAAUUUUCAUGUAUUUGAAUAAGCACGCUACGCUUGAUUUCUCCUCUAGCCCCAUCUGUUAUGGUUUGCUAGCUCUAUCCAUUAAAUUAGUAUGCAUGUAUGCAUUUACUAUAUAAUGCAAACCUAUGGGUUGCAGCCAUUGUAAUAAUAAACUUACUAUGAAUCUUAUUUCAAAGUUUAGUUGGCCAGGUGCCAUGGGAAUAUUUCA